GAGAGUAGAAAUGAUUUGUUCCUGCUGCCCAUAGAUUAGCAUAUUGGGUAGCAUGGAACCAUGCAUGAGAACUGGUGACUGGCCAGCCACAUGCACGAAUACAUGAAUGAUUUCUACUUUGCCUAACAGAAAAACAAUGAAUAUAGAGUGGUAUUAGGCAGUUUUCACUCUAUCCAGAACUAGGAAAGAAACCCCGGGCUUAAAAACAAAAACUUGCCUGUUUAUUGCUUUAUAGUUUAUCCAAAUUGUUAUAUACCAUGAGUUCUUGCUUGGUGUUUUUUUGGCCAAUAGAAUUUCAGUAUGCAGUGCACUAAUAUCAACUCCUGGAUUGGCUUAACUACCUCUGAUGUCACAAUAUCCCCGUGAGGAAGUCAUAAUUUGCUUGAAAUCACAUUGUACUAAUAACAACUCUUGUUCUGUUUCAUUGCAAGAAAGAUAAUCUACCAAAAAUAAAAAUGCUGGAAGGAGGAACAUACCUCUGAUCAACACAGACUUUUUUCCAUUUAUGUGCUUUAAUUAUCUACUGCCAACAAUUGAAGUUAGCUUCUUUGCUACUUUUUUUUUUUUUUUUUUACAACUGAUGUUUUGUUUUUUGUUUGUCAGUUAAGAGGCAAAUGGAGGAAUGAGCCUACUUAGAAUUACUCCUUCAACUCAUAGUUCUGUUUCAUCUCAACUAUUGAGGCUUAGCAUCUUUCUACUACUUAGCCUUUCUGGCUCAAAAGGAAAAGCCAUUUGGACAGCCCACCUGAAUAUAACAUUUCAGGUGGGAAAUCGGAUUAUAUCUGAAUUAGGAGAGAGUGGAGUGUUCGGAAAUCAUUCUCCUUUGGAAAGGGUGUCUGGUGUGGCGGUACUUCCUGAAGGAUGGAAUCAGAAUGCUUGUAAUCCUAUGACCAACUUCAGCAGACCUGAACAAGCAGACUCUUGGUUGGCCCUCAUUGAACGGGGAGGCUGUACUUUUACACAUAAAAUCAACGUGGCAGCAGAGAAGGGAGCAAAUGGGGUGAUCAUCUAUAACUAUCCAGGUACGGGUAACAAAGUAUUUCCCAUGUCUCACCAGGGAACGGAAAAUAUAGUUGCAGUAAUGAUAGGCAACUUGAAAGGUAUGGAACUUUUGCAUUUGAUUCAGAAAGGAGUCUAUGUGACGAUCAUCAUUGAGGUGGGAAGAAUGCACAUGCCAUGGCUGAGCCAUUAUGUCAUGUCUCUCUUUACCUUCCUGGCUGCCACAGUUGCCUACCUUUUCUUGUACUGUGCUUGGAGACCUAGGGUGCCCAAUUCUUCCACCAGGAGGCGAAGACAGAUGAAAGCAGAUGUGAAGAAAGCUAUCGGUCAGCUUCAACUGCGAGUGCUCAAGGAGGGGGAUAAGGAACUAGAUCCAAACGAAGACAGUUGUGUUGUUUGCUUUGACAUCUACAAACCCCAAGAUGUAGUACGUAUUUUAACUUGCAAACAUUUUUUCCAUAAGACGUGCAUUGACCCCUGGCUUUUAGCACACAGGACAUGCCCCAUGUGCAAGUGUGACAUUCUGAAAACUUCAACCCAGACAAUCUUCUGAAGAUGUAACUGAGUCUUGCCAAAGGUUAAAAUUAAAUGAAUUUUCAUGUAGUACUUUAUGUAGAGAGAAACUCCAUCUUCUCUACCUAAGCACUGAAGAGAAUGAAAGUUGCGUUUUUAAAAUAAAACUCCAUAUCAUGCCA